UGCGUGUGUGCGUGAUGCAUGUACACGCAUACGCGAUCAUCUCUGACAGGGUAUGAAAUCAGUUUGAAUUUCUCGCCUGGAAAGUCGCGUGCCGCGCUGUAAAUCGCAACAGGAAAUUCCGCGACGUCAGGAUCAUCACGUUUUCGUUCGUGCGAUGUUCCGUGGAUGUUUGACAGUUCGCGUCGUUUGACAGUUUGCGUGCUGUUCGAAUCUCAUCAGGGACUCUCGACUUUCUUAUAUGUGGUUGGGUGACCCCGUGCGCGAGUACGACUUUCUCCAACCUGAUUUCGUAUCGCGUAGCUGCUGACCCGCGGUGAAGAGAUCACCGCGAUCGCGAUCCUCGUCGUCAUCAGCAUCGUCGUCGUCGCGACAGGAGGCCUACGCUGUCACAGUUUUGCUUGUUAACACAACAUGGGUAGCAGCAGCCAACUCUACAGUCUCUCCUGGGGAGAGUUCAGUUCCUCUCUAGUCUCUGCGGUGCAGCUAUUGAGAGGACACGGCGAUCUGGUGGAUGUUACUUUGGCUGCCGGUGGUCGCAGCUUUCCAGCGCAUAAAAUUGUUCUCUGCGCAGCCAGUCCAUUCUUGUUGGAUCUUCUCAAGAGUACGCCAUGCAAACAUCCAGUGGUUAUGCUAGCAGGGAUUGGGGCAGAUGAUUUGGAGUCUUUGUUAGAAUUCGUAUAUCGGGGAGAGGUAAGCGUCGAACCGUCGCAGUUGCCUUCCUUGCUACAGGCUGCCCAUUGUUUGUGUAUCCAUGGAUUAACUCCGCCAACUAUAGUAACAGAGAGUGGAGAAGAAGUUCCUGCAUCAGCGAUACCAACACCAAAUGAUGGUUUAGCGAAGGCAACACUCAACUCGUAUAAUCCACUGAAGCGGAGGAAAAAGAGGAGGAAGUCGUCCACGUCCUCUGGAAAAUGGCCCUGCACCAGUAACACUACCGACACUGGUGAAAGCAGACUUGUGGAUGAUAACAGAACAAUGCCUUAUGAAAACAAGGAUGAUGACACUACAGAUCAGACUGAUGAUACAGCGGGCAACCACUGUCUGGUUGGAAACUACGCGAACAACCAUCAGGGUGGCAGUCAUUCACCGCGACUUCAAGAAUCGUUCAUCGUGGACAAUCAUCAGGGAACGCAUCAGGAUCACAUCUCGGACGGCGAGUCGCAUUUGCAGCCAUUGAUGCCGAUGCAAUUCUCGCCGCUGCACAUACCGCAAUUUCACAGCUCUUUGGGUUUUCCACCCGCUUUGUCGUUGUCCACUUUAACGGCGACUCAGACUGGAAACGCGAAGACGCGCGGUGCAUCCGAUUGUCCAGGUGUCUGUCCGCUUUGCGGCGCGACUCUGCGCCAGGCGAGGAAUCUACGCAGGCACCUGUUGUCCUCGUGCAAGUACCGGUUCAACCCGACGACGACUGCGAUGGCACAGAGUUCCGAUACAACGACGAUGGAGAUCAAGUCCGAGAUCAAAUCCGAGAUCGAUUUGCCUGCUUAUAACGAGUCAUCAGUGACUUAUGGGACCGACAGUGGCAGUAACAGCUGCGAGCAGAUAGUUUGUAAACCUAGCCUACCCUCGCCGAGUCUACACGGACCGGAGAACGCGGUCUCGCCACCGAGCAGUAUCCCGUCACCGACGAUCGAAUUUGACAUUUCAGGGGACGGAUCGAAGACGCGCAGUCUGUCCGAUCAGCCGGCAUCGUGUCCGUUAUGCGGCGCGAUUCUACGCCAAUCGAGGAAUCUCAGAAGACACUUGGAGCUUUUGCACUUCGGUCUGGGCAAUAGCGGCAAGUCCACUAUACAUGCGAGGCAUCGGCGACCCGGGACGGACAGAUCCAGCGAUCUCGGUCUGUCGUCGUUGGCCUGCGUUCGUCCAACAGCUAGGAUAGACUCGCAUCUUGCAAGAUCCUCCGAGGCUUCAGACUUUUCCAUGAUGACGCCUCUGUCGAUCGCUUCGUCCGUCAGUUCCGCGUCGAGCGUCAGUCUUCCAGGAAACUUGAUAGGCCCGAGUUCGAGUCUGUUAGGUUCCAACGAUCAAAACGGACAUCCGCUGUCAGGAUCCACUCCUGCAACAUGCAACGCGUCCAUGGUGCCAUCCACCAACGGGAUCUACUCCUCGGACAGCGGUGCCAGCAUGUUGAGCUGCUUACUACCGUCGUUACCUACCUUGCCACCCUUCUCCGCGUCACACGACGUGUUUCGACACGGCGAGAUGUUACGUGCGGGAAUCGCCUAUCAUGAUUCCUCCCGGCAACAUGUCAGGCACAUGCAACGUACCGACGUCACCUAACUUGGUGACGAUUCUCGAUGUCGCGAUCGUUUCGCGGGAGAAGCGCGAACGUGUCGUGUUUUAGAUGGAAUCUCGAAGAGUGCAUUAGAGCAGAAUACUAGAUAGCAUUUACGAAGUAAAUAGAGUAUUUACGAAUUAGCUUAUAAGGGUAUGGAUAUUUAAGGGCGAUGUCAGCAGUCAUGGACACGCGUAUAUUGGAAAAAAUGCCGCCAGAGUCGCGGUGAUAUAAUAAUAAAAUUAAUGUGAUGAAUGUGUAACGAUGAAUGUAGCAACAAUGUGUUGUCUUAGAAAUUUUUUACUCGGUGCUAUGUAUAUGUUGAUUUAAAUAUAUACACAAUCUAUGAAUAAUCUAUGAA